AUGCAAGACAGGCGCAGAAUCAAGCAGCGGCUGGCCCCGAAACUCACGCGACCGGGCGCCAAAGGUCACACCAAAAGCAAAACCGGCUGCCUGACCUGCAAGCAAAGACGGAAAAAGUGCGACGAGGCCAGGCCGAAAUGCGGCGGGUGUGUCGCGGCCGGGUGGGACUGCGAGUUCCCUCCAGCCAAUGCCGUGGCGAAGAGAUCAAGGCCACCGCAGCAACACGGCUUUGGCAGCGCCACCAUCGCCCGGCCGUCCCUGCUGCCCGAUCUGACCCGUCAAGAGCUCGAAAUGUUUCACUUUUACUCGGGCUAUCGGAUGAGCGGCCUGGGUCUCAUCCUCAGCAGCCCCGGGGCCGAGGAUCUGGUGAUCAAGAUGAGCGUAUAUGAGCCGUGCGUGCGGCAGGGCGUCCUGGCCGCGAGUUAUGCGGUGCGGGAUUCAUACUGGCCGGCUGCGGACCGUGCCGAGCGGGCCCGCAACCUCGGGAGGCUGCUGCGACACUACAACCUCGCCAUCGGGGAAGUCGUUGCACUUCGCGUCGAGCAGGAAGAGGCGAACCAGGAGGGCGCGGUGAAGACAAGUCGCCCGGAGCGCAUAGCCGCCAUCAUGUGCGCCUCGCUGGUGCUGGCAACCGUCGACCACAUAUCUGCCCACAUGUUCUCGGCCGUGCUUGGUGAAGGGGAGUCUGGCGGCAGGUCAAGGACGCUGUUCCACCUGAAGGCGUUCUCUGCCAUACUGAUGGACAGCAGGCCCGUGUCCCUCGUCGACGACGGAGGAGGCGGUGCUUGGGACAGGAAGAGCCAGUUCGACGACGACGUCAGCAUGAUGGUGCACCUGGUUUCGACUUUCUUGAUGCAGAACGCCUUGUACGACGAAGAAGUCAAGAGGUUCAAAGCUCAGAGAGCAUCGGCGGCAGCGCCACAUGGUUGGAAUAGCAGUGGCAGUCGCAUCACGGAGGAAGAAGAAGGUUAUUAUGAAAUGGAGACCUACCAGGACCUACGGCCGGUUAUGGCUCUGGCAACGAUCCCAGGCCGCUAG